AUGACCCUGCCGACGGUAAUAGGUCAUGAAUUUGUGUGCAAUUUCGGAGGUGCAAGAGGUUUCCUUAGCACAAAAGCUCUCGUUAGCUGCCACGCAUAUAUCCAAUACAAUAAAUUCUCACCUGUGAUAUGCCCACACCAGGUGAACGACAUCGAAUAUGUUUGGCAUCCUCAAACAAAGUCAGAUGAUCAAUCGCGUAUUAACGCGUACGUUUGUGAAAAUGGCAGGUUUUGUUCUGUUGCUCUUUCGGAUGUCGUGCGUACUGAAGCACCACGUUCAUUGUUUCGAAUGGAGUCGAGUGAAUCACACAGUACGCUGCAUCUCGACCUGACACAUGACGAUAUAUAUACCAUUAUCGAACGCCGUUUGGUCUUCCUCUGUGGACCGCGAGAUUUGGUUUUGAGUGAUGCAUUGCAACGGCACCUUGACCGACUGGAUUAUCUUGAUUUAAUGGACAUUCUUCCAUGGUCUCCAGUCACGCCGUUGGUUCAAGAAAUAGCGAAGAUAGGGACGGGAUUGGGCAUGCUCAUUUUGUACCGGGGUCUAACGCAUCUACCGCUUCAAGGAUGCGGUAGUCGUCCGUCACCGCUUUUUGCCGAGGAUAAUGAGGUGGUUGUGGACGCUGUGACUGGUAUUCGUUCAUGUCUGGCAGAUCCUAUGCUCAAAGCACCUAUUGGGUUCCUUUGCGAUGGCCGACUAGAACCUGACGAUUGCAUGAGAUCACUCCUGGACAAUCAUGGACGCGCUAUUACUGCUCCUUCACCACACAAAUAUUGGGAAUUUGAACAUCAUGAACCUUGGGUAGUAGCACAGUAUUUUAAUGACUUCGCGUUGCCGCCCAUCAAUGGCGAAUGUAGAUGCAUAAAUCCUGAGACAGGUCAAUUGAAAGCCAGGAUAGAGAUCCGUUCAAAAACCGACUACAUUUGUGACAUCGCCAGUAAGGUCUUACAGAAUCGUUUCCACCCUAUUCAUGGUCCUUGGUGUUCUGUGAUGUUACACCCGGGCAGUACGUUGACCAUAAGGUUGCCAGCAAAGAUCGUUAACUCCACUGCUACUGACGGAGGUAUCGAUGGCGAUAUUGACGAGGAUUUUUCGGCUCUCCCCUUCUCACAACUGCCGUCUGUAUAUGAGUACGAAACUGAUUUUAUGCCGAAGGACUUGAUUACUCUACGACAACUGAAAACAGUUGGUGAUAUCAAUACUUACGACGAAAUCCCAUACUACGAAGCCCUUGUUGGCGAUGCCCUCGAGCUGGAUGUUUCUCAAAUCUCACAGGGAGAGGUGAAGCUGAAGUACCAGCUGGGAAAACCGCUAGCGUUGCGAGAAAGGUCCAAUUCAUUCUUUUAUCAUUGGACCUUGAUAUCAAGAAACGAGAGCGUCCCCGAUAAGAUUAGAGCUAUUGUCAAUGUGGCCUUUACGUUUACGCAUCGCUACAAGAUGAUUGGUUGCGAUCGAGGACCACACAGCGUCUUUGACCCUAAACUUAACAAGAGGUAUUGCUCAUUAAAAUCUAUGGGAAACGGUAUAGGGGAUAUUUACGAGUGUUUAUUCAACCAAAUGUGGGAUCGUCGGCUGGCUGGCAUCCACUGCAGACCAGACGAGGACCUGUUGCCAAACAACUGUGAAUCCGUUGGAUACAAUCUCGUUUCCAACCAUAUUAUGCCAUUCACUGAAUCUAUGCGCAGUGCCAUGCCCUACCCAAUUCAAGGAUUUAAAGUGUUCAAGUUGUAUUUCACCAAACGUGACCCUGUAGGCUACGCUUGCAUCUGUGUUGACCAACGUGGAUACGAAACAUCCAGACUUAUUCUAGAAAGCAAUGCUCACGCGACUCAUACGUACUUAGUGCGUCGCGAAGAAGCGUCUCAGACGUUGAUACCUUACUUAUUACUGCCGUGGCAUGAGGUUGAAUUUUCAAGUAGAUGGCUCAUAAGGCCAAAACCGCUUAUGUUAAACGACGUAUCUCAAAAGUCAGUUACCCUGCAAGUUGGGGAACAUUGGACCAUGCAUUGUGAAUUUCAUCCCGAAUUGCGAAAUUUUGCAAAUAAUGGAAUAAGUAAAACUACAUGGCUGCCAAAGCAACCUGAAGAAUAUUAUUAUACCGUUAAUUAUACGACAGAUGGGCCUGAACUUUUUCGUCGGCGAUACAGAGAUUCAAUAGCUACCACGCCGGGGGGCCUGAAGGUCAGAUACGAAAGGUGGUACAAUAGACCUAACUACCACAUUCUGACGAUCAACUUUAAAAUGACUGCAGUAUUGAUAUCCAAAGACCCACUGCACAAGAAAUAUGUGCCCAUGACGUUCGUCUGCGGAAAGGCUCUUCAACCAUCAGAUUUGUCCACUGUCACAGGUAACCCUUCUACUUCGGGAUCAACUUCACUGCCCAAUAUGCGGUCUAUAUGGUCUACGCCGCGAUACACGUGGAAUGUAGUGGAAGUUGCCGUCGAGACCACCGACCCGCACAUGCAGGGCUGCGGCGUCACAUACGCGUCGGAUGAGUUAUUCAAGCCUGAGACACCCCAACUCUACGACGCUGACGGACAACCUCAGUUCGGUUGCAAGAUCGAUCUUCAGGCUGCCAAGGAAGCUGCAUUCUACUGCCCAGCGCCGUACGUCCUGGACCCACCCAACUGCUUCAGCCAGGUAUCUGUGGGCGGCCUAGUCACGAACGUAGGUGAACUCAGCCAGUCGUUGGUGGCAUCGAGGUCCAACCACUUCGUCAUACUGAGUUUUGAUGAUUCUCUGGUAGGACCUGGGGAGACACUGCGCCAGACGCCGCCAUUGCAAUGCCGCUGCGUCACCGUCAAAGGGAUCGUUCUCUCCACCAUCCAGAUCGAGAACUAUUACGCUAAGUGA